AAGACGUGCGUGUGCAUUUGGAGUUGGCUCGGGUCGUUUAAGACCUUCAGUCUGUGCCGGAGCAGGAGCGAGGCAGACAUGGAGCGCACACGGAGCGCAGCGCGUCUCACUGCUCCACAAAGGAAAGAAAAGACCCGGACUGGGUUGGGAUUCAUUUAGACGGUUUGAAAAACUUUUGAGAGGCGAUAGAAGAAGAGCAGACUGAUAUUUUUCCCAUACGGAACUUCCUUUUGCAGAAUCUAACCAUGCAAGUCGUGAAGUGAUGUUAGCGCCGAGCCACUACAACUCCACCAGCUCCCUGCUCCGUCCACGGCUCUGCAAUGACAGUGAAGGGAGCGUGGAGGCCAAGCUGGCUCUGGACGUCCUAUCCCAACGGGAAAACUUCACUUUUGUGCGCCCCACGACCAGCGGAAUCAUCAUUGUUGUGUUAUCUAUGACUCUUGGUAUAGUCUCCAAUAUUGUGGCUUUGUUUAUUUUGGCCAAUGCCUACACAUUCCAGCGAAGACGAUCCAAAGCAACCUUCUUGUUGUUUGCCACUUCGCUUGUUGUGACAGAUUUCAUUGGACAUUUGAUUCCAGGAGCACUUGUUCUCAGACUUUAUCUUUCUGGAGGGGUGCGUCCCGAAGAUCACAGCUCCACAGAUGGCAUGUGUCAGUUCUUGGGGGGCAGUAUGGUUUUUUUUGGCCUAUGCCCGCUGUUUCUUGGGUGUGCGAUGGCAGCUGAGCGUUGUCUGGGUGUCACCAAACCACUUCUGCACUCAUCUUUGGUCACAACUACUCGAACCAAAGUCAGUCUAUGUAUGAUUUGGUUGGCCGCUCUGUCUGUAGCCUUACUACCAUGUUUUCAGUUAGGCUCCUACACCUAUCAGGACCCUGGGACGUGGUGCUUUAUAAAGGUCCUAAAUGACAUUGGAGAGGUGGAUGUAGCCUUUGUGGUGCUCUUCUCAGGAUUAGGGCUGACCUCACUGGCUGUGGCACUGGUGUGUAAUACUAUAAGUGGACUGACGCUGGUUUUGGCACGAAUGAGGAGGAGACCCAGAACGCAUCCUUCAGCGAACUCCCAUGACAUUGAGAUGGUGGUGCAGCUACUUGGCAUCAUGAUCACAUCUUGCAUCUGUUGGAGCCCUCUACUGGUCUAUGGCUUGAUGUCUGUCUUGCAUUCUUAUACUGGAUCUACUGGAGAAGAUCUGUUCACUUAUAAAACUUUAAUGCUGAGAGGCGUGAGAUUGGCAACGUGGAACCAAAUCCUGGAUCCUUGGGUCUACAUUCUGCUGCGGCGCACUGUGCUCCGGAAGAUCUACCUCAUUGCCAAGUGCCAGGCCGGUCUGAGGAGCAGUGUGCUCGGGCGUUGGGAGCCCACAUCCUACCCGAGCUCAGACAAGAACCAAGUUGAUCAAGUCUAACUGGACAUGAUGCAAAAGCAUUGUCUGUGUACUGUCAACUGCUGCCUAAAGAUCUAUCUAAAUCAGGUUUUGCCAGGUGAUCUGAGGCUCUUAAAAAGAAAUAAGAAUUCAUCCUUGCAAAUCAAAUAAUCUGUUGGUGCAGACUAUGCACUAUUUUCCUAUUUGUUAUUCUGAUCUCAGACAUCAUUCUAUCUAGCUUAACAUCUCUCACUGAUGAUUAUGUGGUUGGUUGUGGUUAGUUUGCUAAAUUAUUGUUCUAACCUGUAAACUAAACCUCGA